AUGGGCCAAUCUCCCACAGAAACUACAACCCAGACCGACUCCAAGUCUCCUGUACAACCCAAUGCUUCACCACCACAAGUAAAGGCUGAGACGAACAAUACAGAACCGCUCGCCCCCCCUCCUCGACCUGAACCUGCUGCGCCAGCAGUAUCCAAUACGCCCGACUACUUCUCUGUCGCCCACGGCACCCACCUCUCCUACGAAACAAACCCCUUCGAGAACUCCUUCGCCACUGGAGGUGCUGGGUCGACGCGUGGAGAUCAGACACCCGGUGGGACAAAACUUCCAUCGGUCGCGUCGCUCACUUCGCCCUCUGGUCUGCUCGGAUCCGGCGCAACUCCAAACUUCUGGGGUAGCCUGCGCUCCGGUCCUCUCAGUCCGGCCAUGCUUUCGGGUCCACAGAAGGACGACUACUUCAGCGACGGACAUCAUCUGCGAGGCGGAUUCCCGACACCCAAUGAGUCGGGUCUCAGAUCUGGGUUGACGCCUGGCGGUGGUGGAUCGAUGUUCCCAGAGCCCAGCCCCAACUCGCAGGCUUUGUUCAACCAGCUCGCGGGGGCCGCGACCCCCGGGACUCUCGAUUUUCAACGCACUGCUUUGAAUGCGGCUGCGGCCCAGAGGAAGAUGCCCCCGACCAGCCAACCGAGCGUAACAUCGCAACCGCAAGAACUUCCAGCCACCCUGGACGUGAAACCCCAGGUCCCCGGCCCCUUCGAUCAACAUGACGCGAACGACGCAGCCAACGGCCUCUUCCUGCUUGCUCAAGCACAGACUCGCAACAAUGGCUCUCAACAGACGAACCACUACGCGAUGGCUUCGCAGAUGCCCGUCCACGCGCACCCUCAACCAAUGAUGCCAAUCGCAGGCCAGUCCGCAGAGACGUCGCCCAACGUGGCAAACCGAAACAAUUCUUCUGUCAGCACAAAUUCGGCCCGUGGCGUGAGUGAGAUGAGCGGCCAAUCUGAUGAGAACGACCAACAGAACAGGCCGAACACGAGAGGCAAAAACAAGAGGUCGUCUACGCAGAUGAGCCAGACCAACGGAAGACGGAAGGCGGACGAGACCCCGUCUAAGGCGCCCGCUGGAAAGAAGGGCAAGGGUAAUAAUGGACAGGCCACGGAAGCCGAGCAACAGUCUGAGGAAGAACAAGAUACGAACAAGGACGAGUACAACUCGAAUGGAAAGAAGAUGACCGAUGAGGAAAAGAGAAAGAACUUCCUUGAGAGAAAUAGGGUUGCCGCAUUGAAGUGCAGACAACGUAAGAAGCAGUGGCUUGCAAACUUGCAGCAGAAGGUCGAGAUCUUCAGCACCGAGAACGAUGCGCUAAGCGCCCAGAUUCAAUCGUUGCGGGACGAGGUGGUCAACCUCAAGACACUCCUCUUAGCCCACAAGGAUUGCCCAAUCGCCCAACAGCAAGGUCUCCAAGGCAUGAUGCAGGAGCAUGUUAUGGGCGGGUACGGUGCGCAAAUGAACCCCUACGGCAUGGCUGCGGCCAUGAACAACCAACAGGUCAUGGCAAGUCAACAAGCUAUGCAGGGACGCCGAUACUCAUAG